AAACCAGUGCGCAUGCGCCGCGCCCUGACCUGGAAGCGGCUGGAUCCGGGACACACGUGUUUCUGUGAGUGUGGCGGAGAUGGGGAGCCGCGAACCCGCCGAGCCCCUGUCGCCCAGAGACGCGACGCAGAACAGCGCUCGGCCUGCCGACCGCCACGGCCUGUUGAAACACAGCCGCGAGUUCUUGGACUUCUUCUGGGACAUUGCGAAGCCUGAGCAGGAGACGCGACUUGCGGCCACGGAGAAGCUGCUGGAGUAUCUGCGCGCUAGGCCGAAGGGGUCCGAGAUGAAAUAUGCCCUGAAACGGCUAAUCACGGGACUCGGGGUCGGGCGAGAAACAGCCCGGCCCUGCUACAGUUUGGCCCUCGCACAGCUAUUACAGUCUUUUGAAGACCUUCCUUUGUGCAGCAUCCUGCAGCAGAUACAAGAAAAAUAUGACCUGCAUCAGGUGAAGAAGUCAAUGGUGAGACCUGCUCUCUUUGCAAACCUGUUCGGAGUGCUCGCCCUCUUUCAGUCAGGCCGGCUGGUGAAGGACCAGGACCAGGAGGCGCUGAGGAAGUCGGUGAAGCUGCUGCAGGCCCUGGCCCACCACCAGAACCACUUGCAGGAGCAGCCCCGGAAGGCCCUGGUGGACAUUCUCUCCGAGGUCUCGGAGGCCACGUUGCAGGAGAUGCUACCAGAGGUCCUCAGCACCGACUUGGAUGCGAUGCUCAGCUGCCCUGAACAGCUGGGGCUCUUCCUCCUGGCCCAGCAGAAGGUGCCGUCUAGGCUCAAGAAGCUGGUGGGAUCCGUCAACCUAUUCUCGGAUGAGAAUGUUCCCAGGCUGGUGAACGUGCUGAAGAUGGCAGCGUCCUCCGUGAAGAAGGAGCGCAAGCUGCCCACUGUCGCUCUGGAGCUGCUCCGCCUGGCACUCAAGGAAGACAAGUUUCUGCAGUUCUGGAAGGGGGUGGUGGAACAGAGGCUGCUGAAGCUGCAGUUCUGGCCAGCCAGCUACCUGUGUUUCCGCCUGCUGGGCGCCGCCCUGCCCCUGCUGACCAAGGAGCAGCUGCAGCUGGUGAUGCGGGGAGACGUGAUCCGCCAUUACGGAGAACACACGUGCACGGCCAAGCUCCCAAACCAGUUCAAGUUCGCCCCGGAGAUGGAGGAGUACGUGGGCACCUUCCUAGAGGGAUGCCAGGAUGACCCUGAGCGGCAGCUGGCCGUGCUGGUGGCCUUCUCCUCCACCACCAACCACGGCCUCCCGGUGGUGCCUACCUUCUGGCGGGUCGUGCGGUUCCUGAGCCCUCGGGCACUGCAGGGCUACGUGGCCUGGCUGCAGGACAUGUUUCUCCAGCCGGACCUGGACUCCUUGAUUGACUUCAGCACCAACAACCAGAAGAAAGCUCAGGAUGCAUCGCUGCACGUGCCUGAACGAGCUGUGUUCCGGCUGAGGAAAUGGAUCAUCCUCCGACUGGUGAGCCUCGUGGACAGCCUGCAUCUGGAGAUGGAGGAGGCCUUGACGGAGCAAGUGGCCAGGUUUUGUUUGUUCCACUCGUUCUUCGUCACAAAGAAGCCCACAUCCCAGAUCCCCGAGACAAGGCAGCAGCUCUCCCUCCCUUUGGAAAGCCAGGCCCGAGAGGCGGUCAGCAGCGCCUUCUUCAGUCUGCUGCAGACCCUCAGCACACAGUUCAAGCCGGCAUCGGAGCAGACCCGGGGCGGGCAGCCCUGGACCUACCGCCUGGUGCACUUCGCAGACCUGCUGCUGAAUCACAGCCACAGCGUGACCCCCGUGACACCCCUCACUGCGCAGCAGCGCCAGGCCUGGGACCGGAUGCUACAGACUCUGAAGGAGCUGGAGGCCCCCUCCUCAGAGCCCAGGGCUGCCGCCUUCCAGCACCUUCUGCUGCUCGUGGGCAUCCACCUCUUCAAGUCCCCUACAGAGAGCUGUGACCUGCUGGGUGACAUCCAGACCUGCAUCAGAAAAAGCCUGGGAGAGAGGCGCCGUAGGAGCCUCACCAAGGCCAUCGACCCCCAGGAGCCCCCAUGGGUAGAGGUGCUGGUGGAGAUCCUGCUGGCCCUGCUGGCCCAGCCCAGCCACCUCAUGCGUCAAGUGGCCCGGAGCGUGUUUGGCCACGUCUGCUCCCACCUGACCCCACGUGCCCUACAGCUGAUUCUGGAUGUGCUGAACCCCGAGACCAGUGAGGAUGAGGAUGACCAUGUGGUGGUGACGGACGAGUCUGACGAGCGGUGGCUGAAGGCUGCAGAGGUGCUGCCGGCGCGGGCCAGGCGGGGUGGCAGGAGUGGGAAGAUCGGGAAGGUGCGUGACGCACCUGCCCCCACCCCACAGGACAAGAGCGAGGACAGCGAGGAGAAGAGAGGCUCGGAGAGUGAAGACGAGAGCGAUGGAGGGGAGAGCGAGGAGGAGGAGCGUGACGGGGACGUGGACCAGGGCUUCCGGGAGCAGCUGAUGAGUGUGCUGCAGGCUGGGAAGGCGCUGGGUGGAGAGGAGAGUGAGGACGAGGAGGAGCUGGGGGACGAGGCUAUGAUGGCCCUGGACCAGAGCCUCGCCAGCCUCUUUGCCGAGCAGAAGCUGCGGAUCCAGGCCCGGCGAGACGAGAAGAGCAAGCUGCAGAAGGAGAAGGCACUGCGACGUGACUUCCAGAUUCGGGUGCUGGACCUGGUGGAGGUGCUGGUGACCAAGCAGCCCGAGAACGUCCUGGUCCUGGAGCUGCUGGAGCCGCUGCUGCGCAUCAUCCGGCGCAGCCUGCGCAGCAGCAGCUCCAAGCAGGAGCAGGACUUCCUGCACAAGACGGCGCGCAUCUUCACGCACCACCUGUGCCGUGGCCGUCGCUACUGCCACGACUUGGGUGACCGCGUUGAGGCCCUGCAUGGCCAGGUGGCGCGGCUGGUGGAGCAGGCUGGCCGCCAGCCCGACUCCUCCACUGCCCUCUACCACUUCAACGCCUCCCUCUACCUGCUCCGGGUCCUGAAGGGCGGCACUCCCGAGGGUCACUUGCACGAGACACAGGAGGAGCUGGAGGCUGGCACCAACCCCAGCCCCGUGCCCGAGGGCCCGCAGGCUGCCGGCUGCCUGGACUUGAACCUCGCGAUGCGCGUCUACUCGUCAGCACUGAGCUCCUUCCUGACCAAGCGCCACAGCCCCCUCACGGUCCCCAUGUUCCUCAGCCUCUUCUCCCGGCACCCCGUGCUCUGUAAGAGCCUGCUCCCUGUCCUGGUCCAGCACAUCACAGGCCCAGGGCGGCCCCGCCAGCAGUCUCUUGCACCCGAUGUGCUGAGGCUCCAGGCACCCACCUUCACCCAACCACAGGCCCAGGCCUGCCUGCUGCUACAGAAGACCCUGUCCAUGCGGGAGGUGAGGUCGUCCUUCCAGGACCCCGAGUGGAAGCAGCUGAUCGGCCAGGUCCUGACAAAGGUCACGGAGUCCCUGCUGGGAAACAAAGGCUUUGACAUCUCUCCGGAGUGCCUCAGCCCAACCACCCCUCCCCAGAACCUGCGCACACUGGGGGAGGCGCAGACCAAGGCGGAGCACCAGCAGGCGCUGUCCUCCCUGGAGCUGCUCAAUACUGUCUUCAGGACCUGCAAACACGAGAAGCUGACCUUGGACCUGACGGUGCUCCUGGGCGUGCUGCAAGGGCAGCAGCAGGGCCUGCGGCAGGGGGCGCACUGCACCGGCUCCAGCCGCCUGCUCGACCUCUACUGGCAGGCCAUGAAAACCCUGGGAGUCCAGCGCCCCAAGUUGGAGAAGGAUGCCAAGGAGAUUCCCAGCGCCACCCAGAGCCCCAUCAGCAGGAAGCGGAAGAAAAAGGGAUUCUUGCCAGAGACAAAGAAGCGCAAGAAACACACGUCUCAGGACGGCACGCCCGCAGCCACCGGCGGGAGCCAGCCCCCCAGCACGGGCAGGAAGAGGAACAGGACAAAGGCCAAGGGCCUGGCGCGGGCCAACGGGAUGCCUUCCACCAAGGGCCCAGCCCCUGGCACCCCCACCCUGAGCCCCAGCCCCCCUGCCAAGUCCCCAAAACUGCAGAAGAAAAACCAGAAGCUGUCCCAGGUGAAUGGAGCUCCCAGCUCCCCGAUGAAGCCUGCAGGCCAAAAGAAGCACCACGAGGCUCCUCCCAAAAAGGGGGUCUUGGACAAAUCGCCACCAUCCACACUGGCACGGAAAAAGGCAAGGCCGCCUUUGGUCAUCAGGAGCCCCAGCCUGCUCCAGAGUGGAACCAAGAAGAAGAAAACGCAGCUGAGGAAGGCGGGGAAGCCCUGAGUGCAGGCCACCCUCAGCCUCCAUCUGCCCAAGACUCCUGUUUUUCCACCAUGAUUUUGAAUAUGCAAGCCACUUCUAAGGCUCUGUCCCCAGGGAGGGUGUCACUGCCUGCCCAGGCAUCCUGCUUUGGUAAGCACAGCCCAAGCCGUUCCUGCAGGGGUCCCAGGAUGCAGAGACCCCCCCCCCCGCCCUGGGGGGUUCUAGACUGGAACUGUGGCUUCAGGGCCCUGUGGGCCAGGUCCAGGGCUCUGGGGUUUGCCUAGGUGGGUACAGGGUGACAUGCUGGCUGCAGGCUGGGUACAGGUGUGACCGUCACUCGCAUCCCCCCCCCAGGCUUUUUUGCUAAGGGAGCCACAGGGGGUGAUUUAAAUAGGUUUAUUUCUUCAUUUACAAGAGGAAUAUAUUUGGCUUCUCUCUUAAGACUCUGAGAUUCACAAUCAAUCAGCAGCUCUAAAAAAUAAAGGAGCAGUUUGGCUUCCGGAAGGAAGAGGAGGCAA